CCAAAUCUGAAACAGGCGAAGAGGCAAAUACAUAUAUAUUUGUUAAAAUGAAAUGCUGCGUCAAUUGUGACAUGUAAGUGAAUGAAAACCGCAGAUAUUUGGCCUGAUUUUAGCCUUUCAGACAGACUCCACAUGCUCAUCAAAUGCUUUUUGGGUUUAAAUGAUCUACCUGUGAGGCAGAGCUCAGGGCAGAGUUGUUCCUAAACAACACCUCAUAUUAUCUGUCUCUUAUAAUAUCUACUAUAAUAGUAGGGCCUACAUCUUCUCCCGGUCCUCCACGCUCUGCUGCAUCCCUGCACUCGUCCAUACAUCCACCUGGUUGUAUAAUCCCUACUUGUCGCUCCGCUGCCGCAGUGGAGGAAACCCCUCGCUCCUCUCGCGGCUACGUCGCUCUCCCGCCUGUCCUUUUAUGGUAUGGGGAUACCCGCCGUCACAACCGGAAGCUGCCCAUGUUUGGGCAGCUGAGAAGCGCUCGGCGGGGGGAAUCCCUCGCGCCGGUCCCGACCAAUAAGGCCGGGACGGGAGUUACCUAGGAGACGGAGAGUAUAAAACGGGCACCGAGCAGAGGGAGCCCAGCAUCUUCAGCAUCACCGAGCGGACUAACGGAACACACCGACAGCUCCGGUAACGGAUUAAUAUCAGGAUUUUUAAGGUCUCGAGGGAAUCCCUGACACCGACCGAGCAACUUUAACCACUUUAUCCUCCUGACACCGUUUGGACGCGGCUUAACUGCGGCUUUUACGCACACAUUUAACCAGCACCCGCAACAGUUCACGCAAUGCUUCUGGAGCGCGACGACAGCUUCAUGUCGGAGUUUGAGGACGCGUGCAGCGCCUGGGUGGACAGUGUGGGCUCGAGCCCCAGCGACGGAGCCGAAUCUGACGUGGGAUCACCUUUCUGUCAAGUUUUCUCUCCGGGAACUGACGCCUCUGACUCAGAUUUCUUCUCCGACUUCAGCGACUGCUCCUCGGACACGCUCUCUCCCUCUCUCGGCUACACCGCCAGCUUCUUCACCGAGCCGGAGUCGGUGCCAGCGGCGGCGGCGGCGGCGGCGGGGCUGAGCAGCACCGCGGACGCGAUCCUCAACAUGAUUACAGAGAUCGUUGGGAUCUGCACCGAGAUGGAACAGCAGGGCGACACCGGCUCUCUCCGCGACUCUGACUUGAACAUCCCUCCCCCGGAGGCAGCCCAGCAGCUGCCCGCCGCCUCGGUUUCACACCCAGUGGUGGUUAAGAGCGAGUUUGCGACCUCCAGCUGCGGCAGCGGGUGUGGACAUUCUUCAAUGACCGGGAAUGAUGCUUUAUACCCGGCCAGCGCAGACUCUCUCCUCCCGCUGUCGGCUCUGGAGCAACAGGUGGAUGUGGCUGAGUUCAUCGACUCUCUGCUGAGCUGCGAGCCCGGGCAGGGCGAGCUGAAGCCCGGCUGUGAGGUGAAGCAGGAGCCGCUUGGGCUGGAGGACUGGCUAAAGAGCUUAGUUGCUGCACCGGUUACCGGGGGAGACUCCGGCAGCUACGUCAUCAGCAGACCGGUCAAGACGGAGCUCGUGCAAAGCGGGAGCAACCUGCACUUCUCCCCCACCCCCCUCCCCUCCACCCUGGACGCUCAUCUCCUCUCCUCCCUACUGCAGGGCGCGUUCCCGAUAGUCAACAUCAGCAGUGGGCACGCGACAGGAACCCCCAAACUGUCACGCGGGGGCAGAAGAGCUCCCGCCAAGAACGGCCUUAAAGCGAAACCCUUCCCGUGCUCCGUGCAGGGGUGCGAGCGCCGCUUCUCGCGCUCGGACGAGCUGAACAGGCACGUGCGCAUCCACACAGGACAGAAACCCUUCCAGUGCACCAUUUGCGCGCGCAGCUUCAGUCGCAGCGACCACCUGACCACGCACACGCGCACACACACCGGGGAAAAGCCCUUCUCAUGCGACGUGUGCGGCAAGCGCUUUGCGCGCAGCGACGAGAGGAAGAGGCACGGGCGCGUGCACGUCAAGCAGCAACUGCGCGCGCAGAUGAUGGCCGCCUACUCCCUGGCUCUGAACGCGCCUGGCGUCUAAACAGCAGCGAUUAGUGGGCCGCUGGGGCUGCUGUGGAGAGAAGUUAUAAAACCAUCAACCGGAAAGCGUCAGAGAGACGUUUCCAUAUGACGUCACACUUAAGGCGAUUUUACCUGAGGCCACGAGGCCGGGAAAAAAAGGUGUUCAGAGGACUUUAAAGUCCGGACCCCGGCUCCUCUCAUAUCGCAUGUGUGAGACUACGGUGCAUUGGAUUGUGGGAGCUGAUGGAGGGGGACUCGGAGCAUGGAGUUAAAGACUUUGGCUUCCUGACGGUGUUCAGGUGUGACCCCGGACCCGCGGGUGCACCUGACCAUCGGUGCUUGUUGCUUGUGACUCUGAACGUGUCUGAUGACAGUCUGUGGACGGAGCGGAGGAGAGUGUUGCUUGUAAAAUAUUGAUUUCAGACUUUUUAUCUGCAUGAGGACGCAAACAGUGAGCAAACUGUGAAUGUUGACGUCAGAAUGUCGUGAUUCUGUUUUGACUCAAAUAUUUUUAUGUCAACCCGCUUUAUAUUUGACAUCACCGAGUUAUAUGUUUGUACUAUAUCUCUAUUUUUCUAGUGUUUGUCUACCUGCAUAUUUGAAGACGCCAGAUUUCUAUGGCGGAUAAAUGUGUGAUGAUGUCACUUUUCUAUGAAACGAUUGUAAACGGUCCACGAGGACACCGAAUGAACUUUAUUAUAUAAUCUUCAUUCUGACAUUUCAAUGCAGGUCUCACUGCACUGAUGCAUUGUGGGAUACGUGUCCUGGUGUCUGUACUGUAAAACACUCAGUGUGAGCUGAGCUCGGAGUAGCACACAUGGCUGUGCAGGUUAAUGUGCCCUCGUUCUGCAUGGAGGCUGCUGUCAGUAAACA